AUGACUUCAUUUUUCCGAUCCAUUAGGAACACCCUUAAUUUUGAUUUUGAAGAUAAAAAUGAAGCAAUUCUUAAUGCCGAUUUAGGCCUUUUGGGCUUCCCUCCCAAAGAUUUGCAUUACCGCUUCCUUUCACAAUUUACUCCGGUAUUCUACAUUAGAAUCAGAGAGUAUUCAAAGACAGUUGCAAUAGCACCUUAUAUUGUCAAUUACAGUGGAGCAGUGUUCCACCAGUAUCCAGGUCCUUGGCAGGUGAUGCUUAAGCAAGCAGAUGGUUCUUACGCUUGCAUAGCAGAAAGCGCAACCCGCUUCACCCUUGGUGAAGUAAAUACAUAA